GAGGACUAGCUUUCCACAUAAGUCGUGUGCUUGUGUCGCCGGAGACUCCUCUUUGUGGUCCCGAUUUCUCCGCUUUCACCAAAGAAUGUGUUUUUGUCUCCGAAGACUUCAGAUGGAGUAGGGCAGUUCAGUGAAUUUCUCCAUGAAUGUACGUCACAAUGAUGAUGACAGACCAGAUUCCACUGGACUUGGCUCCGCCCCCCCUCCUAAACGAGGUCCCUCUCAUGCCUCACAUGGUUAACGGUGAUGCAGCACAGCAGGUGAUCCUGGUGCAGGUGAACCCGGGGGAGACGUUUACUAUCCGGGCAGAGGACGGCUCACUGCAAUGCAUCCAGGGUCCUGCUGAGGUUCCCAUGAUGUCCCCAAAUGGGUCAAUCCCCCCCAUCCACGUCCCCCCAGGAUACAUUUCACAGGUGCUCGAGGAUACCACAGGGGUCCGCCGGGUGGUUGUGACCCCCCAGUCUCCGGAGUGCUACCCUCCCUCCUACUCUCCGGCCCUCUCCCCCACACACCACCUGCCCCCCUACUUGACUCACCCUCACUUUAUCCCUAACUCUCCCACUUUUUACCCCCCUGUCAGUCCCGGGGAGCUGCCUCCCCAUCAGUACUACCAGCACCACCUUCCCCCAAUGUACGGCGAUCCAGAAAUCAUCCCGGUUUAUGGGAUGUCAAACUACAUAGGCAGAGAGGAGACGUACACUAAGCCACAGCCCAAAAAGAUAAAGGAACAGAGACUAGAGCGACAAAAUCGGCUCAACUCCCCUCCCUCCACUCUGUAUAAGGGCAGCCUGGGGCCGGCACACAACGGAUACAGCAACAAAUCACAUGCCCCAUCGCUCGGGUCAGUGGGGUCGGGGGGCGGGGUCAGCAGUCCAGGUGGGAAGAAGCCAGAAAGGCGACUCCGCAGCAGUCCACGAAACAGUGAACCAGACACGCACACACAAGAUCAUGAUUCAGAGGGGAAACGAGUCCAAGACAUGCUGUCUACAAUCGACAAACCACAGGUAUCAAAUGUGCAGGCACGGGCUGCACGGCUCUCCUGGGCUCCCCCGGCAGGGCUGGUGAACAGGCACAGUAACGGCAUGCCUGUUUCCUGUUCUUUCGAAGUCUCUCUCUCAGAUAAGGGGCGAGAUGGAAAGUAUCGCCUAAUAUACAGUGGUGAAGAAUUGGAGUAUCUUGUUAAAGACCUAAGGCCGGCGACAGACUACCACGUACGGGUGUCUGCAAUGUACAAUUCGGUUCGAGGCUCGUGUUCAGAAGCUGGCUCAUUCACCACACACUGCAGCGUCCCAGAUGUCCCUUUAGCCCCAAAACUCUCACACCGCACCAAGAGCACCCUCACCUUACAAUGGAAGCCCCCAGGUGACAACGGAUCCAAAAUCACGAACUACCUGCUCGAGUGGGAUGAGGGAAAGAAGAACAGUGUUUUCAGAGAAUAUUACUUUGGGAGCCAGAGACACUGUAAGCUGACCCGGCUGUACCCCGCUUGUGGCUACACGUUUAGAGUGGCUGCACACAACGAUAUCGGCACAAGUGGCUUUAGCACAGAGGUGGUGUUUUACACCAUGGGCACACUGCCCGCUCUGCCUCUGGCACCUCGGUUGGUCAGGGCGGGGGUGUCCUGGGUGACUCUGGAGUGGGGGCGUCCCGAGGGCAGUCCGAGUGAGGAGCAGCUCAAAUACACACUUGAGAUCCAGGAAGACAACAGCGGAACAGACUUUCAUCCAAAGUACACUGGAGAAAACUUGACCUGUACUGUACAAGGCCUGAAGAGGAGUACACAGUAUAAAUUCAGGCUCAUAGCGUCAAACGUGGAGGGAAAGAGCAGUCCCAGUGAAGUGUUGGUCUGCACCACCAAUCCAGACAAACCCGGCCCUCCAUCUACACCCUGUGUCACUGCAGCAACGCCCUAUGGAUUUACAGUCACAUGGGAUCCUCCACAAGACAACGGCGGCUCAGAGGCUCUCACGUACCUGUUAGAGAUCUCGGAGGGAUGCUCUGAAGCGAGUCAGUGGGAGGUAGCGUACAGCGGUCCAGCAACAGAAUGUGUGUGUGAACGGCUGACACCCGGCACCGUCUAUCGCCUACGUGUGUGCAGCAUCACCACCGGAGGACACAGCCCGUGCACAGUCAGUGUCCCAGUCCGUACAUUAAGCAUCCCGCCAGGGCCCUGCCAGCCACCAAGGAUUGUGGGUAAAGCCAAACACAAGGAAGUGCAGUUAGAAUGGGAUUGCCCAGUCUCAGAGGGAGUGUGUGAGGAGUGCGUGUUUAGUCUGGAGAUGAGUGAGGGGGACACGCAGCCAGCAGAGGUAUAUCAGGGGUCAGAGCUGCAAUGUACAGUGGGUAGUUUGCUACCUGGUGCCACGUACAGCUUCAGACUGCGGGCGUCCAACGAGGCUGGGUUCGGAGCGUACUCAGAACCAACAGAAGUGACGACUGCAGCGGGUCCUCCUGGACAGUGUGGGGCGCCACUCAUCACUCUCACCAGUAAUACCUGCGUAACACUCAACUGGGAGAGUCCUGAGGGUUCGGGUUCAGACAUCUCGGAUUAUCGUUUAGAGUGGGCGAGGGAAGAGGAGCCCAUGGAGCUCAUCUACUGCGGCUCUGCCACACAGUGUGAACUGUCGGACCUGACGCCAGCCACAGAUUUCUGCUGCAGGCUACAGGCAGUGAAUCAGGCAGGUGCAGGUCCUUACAGCGAGCAGGUCAGUUUCCGGACACCUGCGACAAACCCCGACCCUGUCUCGUCCCUCACCCUCCUGGAUCUCCCCACCUCAAUGGAGUCGGGUCACUCCCCGUCUACCUGCCUCCUCCUAAAGUGGGACGAGCCAAACUGCAAUGGGGCGGAGAUUUCAUCCUACAUCAUCACCCUUAACAACCAGACCAUCACAGUGGAAUCAGGGACGAGUCACCUUGUUACGGACCUGCAGCCAGACAGCGAGUACAGUGUCCAGAUCCAGGCUGUGAAUGCGAUCGGCUCCAGUCCCACAAGUCCGCCCCUGCUGGCCAGGACACGACCCCUCCCUCCAGCCCCGCCCCCUCUUGAAUGCUCGGCGGCCGGCCCUCAGAGCCUGAAGCUGAAGUGGGGCGAGAACGCCAGCAACACGCACACGCGCGCCCUGCUUGCCGACGACAUUGUGUACACACUACAGAUGGAGGACAAGAACCACAGGUUUGUGACUAUCUACCGCGGUCCCAGCCACACCUACAAAGUCCAGCGAUUGACUGAGUCCAGCAGCUACAGCUUCAGAAUACAGGCCAUCAGCGAUGCCGGGGAGGGUCCCUUCUCCGACACACACACCUUCUGCACCACCAAGUCUGUACCCCCUGCCCUAAAAGCUCCCCGAGUGCACCAGCUGGAAGGGAACGUAUGCGAGAUCACAUGGGAAACAAUCCCACCGAUGAGGGGAGAUCCUGUGAGCUACGUACUGCAGGUGCUGGUGGGACGCGAGUCAGAAUACAAACAGGUUUUUAAGGGAGAGGAGGGCAUGUUCCAAAUCUCUGGCCUCCAGGGCAACACGGACUACCGCUUCCGCGUGGGCGCCUGCCGCCGGUGCCAGGACACGUGCCAAGAACUGUGCGGACCACUGAGCCCCUCCUCCUUCUUCACACUGCGUCGCCAGGAGUCGGCGUCGUCAGGGGACCUCUGCCCCGUGGAAACAGGCAAAGGGGCGGGCCUGAUCUCCAGCGACGAGCGCUUCGCCGCUCUCAUCGUGUGCGUGUUCGCGGGCUUCUCCAUCCUCAUCGCCUGCUUGCUACAGUACUUCUUCAUGAAGUGAGGGAAUUUUAACAAUAGGAUAGAAAGAGAAAGAAAAAUCACAGAGUCUAUGAAAGAAGCGAAUCAAAAACAAACACUUGAGAUGUACUUCUAAGUUUUUUAAAAGUUCUGGUUUUCCUCGCUGUCUUCACUCGGUUCAGUCUCAUUUCUCUCUGUGUCUCUGUUGUCUUUGUAUCACUGUCUGUCUCAUUUGUUAAGGAUUUCUGUCGAGGGAAGCCUUGUCUUAGCUGUACCUCGGUUGGGAAGAAAAUCUGAUAAUCAAGCCUUAAAAUAGCUGUGAGCGAUGCAGAUGCUCCUCAGACUGACUUGCAUGUUUUUUUUUUUUGUUUUGUAAUUUUUAAAACAUAUUCAAGAUUAGAAAAUGUGUAUAUUUCUUGACGGCCAUUGCCUUAAUUUUGUUUUUACAAUGUGUAAUUUCUUUUUUUUUUUCUUUUUUUUUUUGCUGCAGUCUUUAUCCAUGUCAGCCAUAUUCAAAUGUAGGCCUUCAAAGCUUUAGCCGUUCAUACUUUUAUAACUCACUUUACUACUCUACAGGCUGUCGGUCAAACCAUGCAAUCUGCACCCGCUCUCACACACAGACUGACAGAGACACACACACAUGCACACUACUAUACAGUCAUGCAAGAAGUCAAUCACAUAUCCGCUCAGCUUGUAACACUCAAAUCACUCAUUCAUUCAGCUACCAAAGUGAUGCAAUUCAUGUGUGGUGUAAGAUGCUGCUAUCCUGUGAUUUUACUCUAUCUAAGAAAGAAUGGAAACCAGUUAUCUAAUAUAUAUACACACAAUAUAUAAAUAUAUAUUAUAACAAAUAUAUAUGAUGCUAUGGAAGUGAUGUAAUAUAAGUGAUGGCAAUGUAAGAUCUGAACUACAGUGUGAAAGGGAGAAAAGUGGACUCUAGGUGCUCACAAUCAGCAGCUCUGACAUCAGUUCAGCUUCAAGGUAGACGCCAGUUAUUCAAAUGUGGGCUGACAUCCUGAUUGGCUGCAACUUACCAGGAAAGAGCUAGACUUGGCAUUCGAUUGGUCAGUCCUUUAGAUUUCAACCAUCUCAUCGCUGCAGACCCAGAGGUGCUAACAGCCUGCCAGCUAGCCGCCCCUACUCAGAGCUGUUAUUAGCAGUUAGCUUUAGCUUCACCCCCCCCCGUGAUCUCAUACACUCUUCUCUUUCCCCAACCUUUGUCCUCCGGCUGCCUCUCUCCCUUGCUUUCCAUCCCAUCUUUCUCUUUUAAAAGGUGCUUUAUUGACAUGUAAUCAGAGCAAGUAGCAAGUCUGCCGCGUCGCCUUGGACCGACGUGUUCUACUGGGACUUGAUUUAAUAUUCACUAACCAAACAAGCCUUUGACAGAACACAACUCAGCAGACAGAACAGGGCAUUCUGACACAUGUUAACCCCCCCCAAUCUCCCAUCUGACACCCCCCCCCAAAAGAAACCCGACCUGAAAAACAAAGCCAAGGUACAGCCCGAUACACACCAUAAUGAUCCAAAGAAGUCACCCUGACCUGCGUUUUCACAUUUAUUCCCAUCAGGCGGGGUGUGAGGGAUGAAGGCUCAGAUGGGGAAGGGGGUUAGUGAUAGCUCCGCCUCUCAGCUCUGAUUGGCAGCCUGUAACGUACCUCAGGGAAAAGGCCUUACAGAGGGGAGAUCUAACCUCCCAUCGCUGUCAUCACCGUCAUCAUAACGGCCUCUCUUCCUCCGUCUUCCUCCCUUCCUUUUCUUUGUUUCUUACAUUUGUUGAUGCUGUAUCUCGUCCUCUGUCUAUGCUGUGCCUUGCUCCUGUAUGUCAGUAAGCAAAGUGGUUUACUAGCUCAAAAAACCUUUGCCAAAGUUGAUGGGAAAGUUAAGGUAGAGUUCUUUUCUAGGUUUAUUUAUACUAUAUAUUUGCAUACAGUACUUUACAUGCCAAUUACAGUGCAAUCUUCAUUUAUUUAUUGUUUAAAGAUUAAGAGACAAGUGUAGUUAUAUACUAAUUUUUUUCCUUGUAGCAUGUUUUUUUUUUUCUUUUUAAUUUUUUUAAUGGAUGUAUGUUAGAUUGUAUGAUUAAGGCCAGCAUUCCUUAUCUCAGUAACCCUUUAAGUAUUUCUCUUACAGCUGUUGGGAACCUGUAGCUCAUCAGUCCAUGCAUUGCAGUUAUCAUUGCCGUUUCAGACAUGUAACCAAAUGUUUUUUUUUUUUUUUUUCAUCUCCUGCCUGCCUCGGCCGUGCACAGCCGAGCAGUUCUUGUAAUGCUUAGAGAGACAUGUAGCAAAGCCAGGCCUUAAGGUCAGUUCACUUCACCUGUAUUGGGAUAAACGUCGCUGCCUUUGGCUUUUAUUGAUUAGUGUUAUAAUGAAGCUUCUGAUAUCUUUUUUUUUUUUUUUUUUUUACUGUUUUAUUGCCAAAGCGCAGGCUUCUUGUGUCCACUAGAUGUUGCGUUUGCAGUCGUCUAAAGGGUUCUGUGAUGUUCUUCUGUAACGACACAGCAUUACAAUUAUUAUUAUUGUUAUUAUAUUCUCUCAAAAGGAAAAAAAACAUUAACUUGAUCUGUGAUUAUGCUUCUUUUCAUAUUAUCUUUUAUUAUUUUUGUUUUUUAAAGCAAAAUGUGCCAUUUUUACAAAUGUGUAGCCCCGUUUUGGAGGAGAGUAUCACAGCCUGAAAGGUUUUAAAAAGGCUAAAACAAUCAUACGGUGAUUUUCAGGCAAUGACAAUAAUAAUGUUGACGAUUCCUUGUUCAGGCUAGUGCUGGUAUAGCAGUAGUGAGUGUUUUGUAUCCAGUAUUUUGCUAAGAGAUGAUAUACAGAGAUAUCUAUAGAGCUAUAGAAUGAGAUGGUAAUACAUUAUGACUAACAGAGUUGAAGCACUUUUUUUUAUGUUGAGCGAGAGGAGACGCUCUGUUCCAAACACUACUGCCAACGCCGUCUGUUACACUCAUUUGGCAUUACUGUCGUUGGCGUCACUGUGACAUUGGCAUUACCGGAGGAAGCGCAGACGCUUCUGCGCCCCUCAGACGGCACCCCCCCCCGCUCCCUGCAGAAUGCAAACUACAGCAACAAAAGAGGGAGCACGGUGCCUCUCUCAGACGUGCUCUACCUUUCCUGUUGCGCCGUAGUCGACACGUGACGUGUCCUGUCCUUAAACCUUGAUGUUAUGUCGCCCACCCACAGCCCUUUUAUUUCAAGCCUUAACGCCCUGGUGGGAGGUUCACCUGGGCCGAGCUCAGGCCAGUCGCAUUUCACAGCCCGAGGUUGGCUGAUUUUGUGGGCAGGGUACUCCCCAUUUCUGUGCUUUGAUGUUUUUGUUGUUUUUAAAUGCUGGUGAUUUUAUAGAUGCCCCUCGCCCUCCCAGAACCCCCCACAGCGCCCCCCUCCCCACCUUGCAGGUCCUGCACAUUUUUGGCGGGUAUGUCAAGAAAGAGACAAUUUUUUGCCCAGCAAAUCCACACGUCUGUGCCUUCUGAUCAGUUAAUUUUCUUCUUUUUAAUUUUUUUUUUUUUGUUCAUGUUUUGUACGUUUUACAGAAAGUAGAGAUUUUGACUGAGAAUUUGGCGAUUUGACAAACACACAGAGACUCACAGGUAUUUAACUAUUUUUUAAAGCAAGACAAAAAAACAUAUUUUUACCUCACGAUUUAAAAAACAAACAUUCCAAUGUUGUCAUGGUCUACGAAUUGAAAAAAAGAAAUUCAUGCAUUUCUUCUUGUAUUGUAAAUGUUAGACAAUUUCAUAUGCAUUAUAUAAAAGAAACUGCCAUAUCAAUUUUAAUGUAUAGAUUUUUGCAAAUACUACCCUAUGUAUGUAAGACGUAACUGUAUCGGUAGCGUAUAUAUAAUAUAUUUAUGCCCAAUAAAUGUUUUGAUU